AAACUUUUUUAAAAAGGGAACGAAUAAUCAGACAAUUCAUAUAAUAUUGCAAAACAAGAAAUGGAUAAGGCUGUCACAAGACAUCAACGAAGAAGAACCAUAAGAGAAAGGUGAGAAUAUUCAAGAUGGGGAGCUUAGGAGAAGAAGAUUUGGAGAAGCUUGUGAUCGAUUACAUUGAGUCUCCGAUCAUCGUCGCCUCCGAUGAUGUGGAGGAACCUUCAAAAGUUCUUAUCACUCUUCAGGAUAUUUUUGGGACAAAAGGAGAAAAAGAGAAGGAGAUUGAAGAGGAGAUAAAGUCGUUUAUUAGAAGAAGAAAAUUAUCAUACAAAGGAAACGAUGAGAAGAAAGAUGUGAUGAAAAGGAUUGUCUCUAAGCUUAGAUCUGACGGCUACGAUGCUUUUAUCUCUAGAACCUCGUGGGACUCUUCUUUUGAUCCGCUUGAAGGAUGUAGAGUGUUUCGUUGCACAAGAAAGUACGAGUUCAUUGACGUCAUGGUGGCUAGUGAUCGCGACGGUGAUGAUGUAAACAAGCUGAGACGUGUGAUCAUUGAUCUUGAUUUCAAAUCUCAGUUCGAGCUGGUGAAACAGACAAGAUGUUACAAAGACGUGACUGAGAUACUUCCGACAAUAUUUGUUGCGUCAGAAGUGAGACUCAAAAGAGUUGUUUCGUUGGUUUGUAAUGAGAUGAAAAAAUCGAUGAAGGAAGAAGGAAUGUCUAGACCACCGUGGAGGAGUAAGAGAUACAUGCAAGCCAAGUGGCUCUCUGAGAAUCGUCUAAGAGUGUCUGGUUCUAAGAAAGGGUCUUGGUCUUUGUUUGAUGAUGGUCAAGGAGGUGAAGAUGUUGGGACAACGAGUCGUGGUGGCAUUGGUUUGAAAACUAAGUGUUGUUUUCCUAUUUUCUGAGAGGAUUGCGCCAAGUUUUUUUUUUGUUUAUCAAUUUCUAUAAAAUUAAAAAAGAGUUGAGGUCGGAUUUUGAGCAUUAGAUGUGUUUUUUUUUGCGGGUAAAACAUUAGUUGUAUUUCUGUUUGUUGCGGGUAAAACAUUAGUUGUAUUUCUGUUUGUUGCUUCAUAUGAUUGUUCCUUUCUUUCGGGGAUGUUCAACAAAAUUAAGGAAGUGAAGUGGGGCUUGUUGUAUCAGGUUUUUUCUGAUGCUGUAUUGCAU